CAGUAUCUACAGAACAGUUGUUGUGGUUAUUACAUGCACUGAUUGUUUGUUUUUGUUUUUCUUGCUCAUUAAAACCUUUAAGAGAUUCGUUUAUCUUCAGAAAGAACAUUUUUAAUUCACUUUUAGGAAUAAAAUGCCUUCGGCCGGGUUUAUUUACUUGAUCGUAUCCUAUUUUAUUUUGUCAUUUCCUUCCCUGAAUUGUGAAAGAUGGAGAAAAAGAAAGAAACAAAUUUCAUCAUGUACUUUCUUCACCAUCUUCACUUAUUUUCCAUUCAGAUUUCCUCCUCUAUCUUCUUUAUCUUCUCUUCUCUGCCUCUCGAUGUUCCCGUCCUUCCUCACCUCCAUUUUUCCUGCGUUCUCAACUUUUUUUUUCAGUCUCUAUCCUGAUUUAAUUCUUGUAAUUACUACUUCAUUCCUUCUUCUCUGUCUGACAUCUCUGUGCUUCCUUCUGGACAUAAUUUUAAUAUUUUCUUCUUUUUUUUCUCCAGAAUUUCUAUCUUCUGUCCUUUCUUUCUGACUUCACUAUUUAAUUCCUUCUAACGCUUUUCUUUCCAGACUACUGCACUUCCUUCUGGUCACCAUCUUUUUUUUAAUCUUCACUUACUUCCAGACUUCUGUCCUUUCUUUAUGAUGUGCCACCUACAUGGUUGGCUUGUUUUUUUUCCUGAUUUUCCUUCCUUAAUUCAUCCCAACUUGAUCCCGUUCUUUCCCUCUUUCUCCCUCCUUUCCAUUUCUUUUUCCUGUUCUAACUAACUGACUCUUUCCUCUUCUAGAUGGUUCAGUUGAUAUUGGUGAAGCGGUGAUACCCAGCGUUCCCUUACAGAUCACCUCUCUUGUUUGAGGCCACGUCUGGGAACAUUUUGGCCAUGAGUGGACCCUGAGUACUCCAGGUACAAUAAAAUGGCCGGCGAGCUUUUUGCUGCUAAGAAGUUGCCCUCUGUAGCAGCCACGGCUACGGCGGUGCAGCAGUACCAACAGCAGAACAUCAGCAACAACAACACGGUUCAGGGCUGCAACUGGCAAGGCCUCUAUCCCACCAUCAGAGAGAGAAACGCAAUCAUGUUCAACAACGAGCUGAUGGCAGAUGUACACUUCGUGGUCGGUCCUACUGGGGGAACGCAAAGAGUUCCGGGGCACAAGUACAUCCUGGCUGUUGGGAGCUCCGUGUUCUAUGCCAUGUUCUACGGGGAGCUGGCAGAGGAUAAGGACGAAAUCCGCAUCCCAGAUGUGGAGCCACAUUCCUUCUUGGCUAUGCUCAAAUAUAUCUACUGUGAUGAGAUAGACCUGUGUGCAGAUACUGUUCUUGCCACGCUGUACGCUGCCAAGAAGUACAUGGUUCCUCACCUGGCACGUGCCUGUGUGGCGUUCUUGGAGACCAGUCUGAGCGCACGCAACGCCUGUGUGCUGCUGUCACAGAGCUGCCUGUUUGAGGAGCCGGAGCUGACGCGCCGCUGCUGGCAGGUGAUUGACGCCCAGGCUGAGCUCGCUCUGCGUUCAGACGCUUUCUGCGACAUCGACCUGCGCACGCUGGAAAGCAUCCUACGGCGUGAGACUCUCAACACGAGUGAGACAGUUGUUCUGGAGGCGGCGCUCAGCUGGGCGGAGGCUGAGUGCCAACGACGUGAACUGCAACCCACUGUUGAAAACAAGAGGCUGGUGCUGGGCGACGCUCUGUACCUCAUCCGUGUCCCAGCAAUGUCACUGGAUGAGUUCGCCAACGGCGCGGCACAGUGCGGCCUGCUCACGCUAGCCGAGACCAACGCCGUCUUCCUGUGGCACACAGCAGCUAACAAACCCGAGCUGCCCUUCGUCAGCCAGCCGAGGAAAGGUCUGACUCCGCAGCGCUGCCACCGCUUCCAGUCGUGUGCCUACCGUAGCAACCAGUGGCGUUACCGUGGACGCUGUGACAGCAUUCAGUUUGCUGUGGACAGGCGCAUAUUCAUCGCCGGCUUCGGCCUUUACGGCUCCAGCUGCGGAUCCGCCGAGUAUCAGGCCAAGAUCGAGCUCAAGAGACAGGGAGCCCCGCUGGGCCUCGCCGUCGUCAAGUAUUUCUCAGAUGGCUCCAGCGGCACGUUCCCCGUGUUCUUCGAACACCCUGUGCAGGUGGAGCCUGACACGUUCUAUACGGCCAGCGUGGUGCUGGAUGGCAACGAGCUCAGCUACUUCGGCCAAGAAGGAAUGACCGAGGUACAGUGCGGGAAGGUCACCUUCCAGUUCCAGUGCUCCUCAGACAGUACCAACGGCACCGGUGUGCAGGGGGGGCAGAUACCUGAGCUUAUAUUUUAUGCCUGAGAGACUUCUUACCUGCAGGGUCGCAUGACAAUCCCUUAGAGGACACCAGCUUGUACAGUUAAACUUUGAUGCUGUAGUUGUGGUUACUAUGUGGUAGUAGCAACAGGCAGGGCAUUUUCACAGGGAGGUUUGCCCCUUGUACAUCACUGUUCACACGUGCAGUGGUGUAUUAGUGGCAUAUAUGUAACUGCAUCAACCUACCUGACUCUCUGGUGGCUUGUUGCCAUGUUCCACUGAAACUUUACUGAAAUUAGACAUCAGAAUUUAGAGAUCGUUGAGGGUUGUUUAAACUCCCCGAGCGGAGGUGUUGGGGGUGUUUAAACUCACCAAGCAGAGGUGUCAAGGGUUUUUACUGACUGGCAGCUAGCAUACGUUCAGUCACGCUGGCAUCACUAGCAUGACAAUCACCAGCACACCCUCAUCACAACAACCCAAGCAGCCAACACUAGAUGUCGCGUUGUAAACCUUACAAUAUAGUUACGUAUUAAACAUUACACACGAUUGCCUUAUUAGUUAGCUAGCCCACUGGACCAUGCUCCGGUAUGUCCCACAAACCACAGUCCUAACCUUUUACUAACACUACACAGUCCUAACCUUUUACUAACACUACACAGUCCUAACCUUUUACUAACACUACACAAGAACUUUUCUUGCAACUCAGCAAGAAUGUCUCAAUUCACAGAUUUUUAAAAGAUGCCAGCAAAGCAAAUUACAAUUAAAACACAAACAUGAGAUCCCCUAAAAGGCAACAUUUCAAAUCUUGUGGGUUUUUUGUUUGUUUGUUUUUCGAUGUUCUAGGAAGACAAUUAAGAAUGAUGAACAGCGUUGCUACCACAGAGGUAGGAACCAUGUUAGCUAGCUGGCUAACAAUUCCGCGUCAUUUUCAUUUGACAUAUGCAGCUAAUCACUUAACGAUUUACUUUCCAUCAGGAUUACAUACACUAGUGUUUUAACGGUGGAACGUUUCAGGGACGAGGUCUGAUUUUUCCUCGCGGCUGAUUCUUUUCCUGUUACGAUCUGUAAACUGUAACAGCGACACGAUUAGCAGAUGCUAGUCACAAAGGACUAUCUUGUUAGCAAUCAAGCUGUAGGGAUUUCUGUCUGUAAAUCGGAGCUCUACCAUAUUUGUUACUCACCGUGCCAUUUGUUGUGGUUUUGUGGAUUAGCUUCAGCAGCAUCAGACAGGUGCUAAAAUAUAAAAACGCUAAAAUCCGCGUGCCGAUUUUCCACCGCGAUCCAUCAUACAGCCAAACUGUCGGUUUCUGCGUCGUGCCUUGUGUUUCUGGUUUGCUAGCAAGAAAAUGGCCGACUAGUUUCAGAAUACGCAGAAUAUAAAAGCAGCUUGAAACUCGGUAGAAACACUAAACAAACAAUCCAACAAAAAAAAAAAAGAACAAAGAACAGAUGAAGAGCCGUUGGGCCGUAUUCAGUCUGAGUGAAUGUUGGCCGUUAGUCACGUUUUUGUACACGCAGGCAUACGUUGUGCUCGUAAGAAAUAUAAGUGCUUAUUUUGUGUAAUCAAUACUUGAUCAUCUUUUAUACUUGAUGUGCUACAGUAGAUGUCGUCGUGUAUCAGAUGUGCGCCGCACACACACUUGCAGUCUCUCGCUCUGUGAGCUUUGUGGUUUAAACGUUGUUUCACAACAAAGCUCAGAUUGUUUAAAAAAAUAAAAAUAAAAAAGCCAGCACUUUUUCAUUGUUUAUUGAAGGGCUUGAUGUUGUGCUGCUCAUCACAUUGUUUCUCACUCACUUGUACUUAUUUUUGGAAUUGUAACUUUCCACUCGUGAAGUGACUUGUUUUCUUUGGGGGAAAAUAUUGCCUACUGCACCUUUAAUCACGACGAAGAGACACACAAUCUGAAAUAAACACAGUUCACACA